AUGAAAAUUACGGCCAGAGCGCUUUCGUUCUGGACGUAUCAGACCACGCAGGAGUCCUGGUUGCAGGACAUACUAUACAGAAACCUGCAAGAGUCCGUCUUAUCUGGUCUUCGACCAGAUAUAGUUAUAGAAAUUACGGCCAGAGCGCUUUCGUUCUGGACGUAUCAAACAACGCAGGAGUCCUGGUUGCAGGACAUACUAUACAGAAACCUGCAAGAAAAGUGCCAGCAUUUAGAAAACAGUUGCACCUGGUAA